UGCUCGCUUGUGCUUUGAGCAACCGGCCAGCCUUCGCCAUGAACUCCCUGGUCUGCAGCGUCCUGCUAAGUGUCCUGGUUGCCAGCGCCUUCGGAGGUUUCAUUGGAGGUGGCGGCGGUGGUCUAGGCGGCGGUCUGGGUGGUGGAUACGUUGGUGGAGGUGGUCUCGGUGGCUACGGCGGAGGCUACGGCGGAAGCUACGGUGGGGGCUACGGCGGAGGUCUCGGAGGCGGCGUCGGUUUCGGAGGUCUGGGUGCCGGUGGCCUCGGCGGAGGCGGCGGUGCCGUCGGUGUCGGAAGCAGCGUCGUCCUGCUCAGCGGUGGCCGGGCGGGUGCCGGCAAGUCCGUGGCCGGACCGGCCUUCCUGGUCCGCACUGUACACCACGUCAAUCAGGUCAGCGGCGGCGGAGCCGUCGUGGCCCACUCCGGAAUCGGAGGCGUCGGCGGAGGCGCCGGCGUUGGAGGUGCCGGUCUCGGCGGUGGCUUUGGAGGUCUCGGAGGUGGCCUCGGAGGUUACGGAGGUGGCGUCACCUAUGGUGGCUAUGGUGGUUACGGGGGCUACGGCGCUGGUGGAUACGGUGGCUACGGUGGUUACGGCGCUGGCGGCUAUGGCGGCGGUGGUGCCGUCGGCAAGGUCGUGCUCGUCAAGCACCACAAAUAGGCGUCCCCUUCUAGUAUCUGCCACAUUCUGCGUGAAGAAUCUUUCAGCGAAAGCCGUACAAUGGCGGCCUCUGCGGGAAAACGUUCACAGCCUAUACCUGCCAUCUAAGUCGAAGCGAUGACCUCAACAGUGCAAAUUAUGUUCGUGACUCGUGUAAAUAUAUGCUGACGAGGGCAACGUCCCUCGUCACCAGAAAAAAAAUGCUUCGCCUUUUUCAUUUUCAACGU